UAUGUAACGUCGAAGUCACAUACGUAUUCCUACCUUACUCCUACUAUCCAACUUGACCUAUUCUAUAUCAAUAAUAUCGACUUGUCUUAGUUCCUACCUAUUCGUAAAUACAUGCCGAGGUUUAAGGGGCUCUUGACAAGAUAUGGACGAGAACGCUGAGGGUAUCUACGCAAGGCCUCCAACCUCGCGAAUCAAGCGGUCUUGGGAGAGCAUAAACCACCGGAGUGAUAGCUCAUCAGCGGCAUUCGUCGACUCUGUGAAGAAAGCCCGUAUCUCUGAAUCGGUAAACUUCCAGCAUUUAGAUGUACCUAAGGUUGCCAGCUUCAAAGAGCCUGUUGUUUUACCCCCAAUUCACACCCUAGGAUUUGAAUAUGCACCAUCCAUCAAACCGAUCGCACCUAGCCCCCCAGUCAUCCGAGGGAGCUAUCUCUCAUCGCCCCUAGCUAAUGUCGGAUAUUCAGGCUAUUAUCCUCCUAAUACCCUAUAUCAAGAACAAGCUCUGAUAAAUCGGGACCUGUGGGCGCAGACACACGAACCUAGGCAACAGUGGGCACUACAAAAUAAAGAACGGCAGUCCUUCAACUCCACGAACAACAUUUACGCCGAUUGGCCAGUUCCAAACUUAUCAUCAUUCCAAGAGCCCACAAGGUAUGAGGAACAGACACGUUGGGUAGCUUCGGGGUGUGCACAGCGAGGACAUUGUAUGGCUCUAAAUGAUAUCACAAGUUCAGUUGCAGAAAAUAACGAUAUCGACAUGAAUAAUAUAACUGAGGACAACAGCUGUAUUAAUGAUCCGUGGGAUGGAAGGAAUGCACAACCUGAGAAUGACAUUUAUGGUCUUGUAUCAUCUUCGAAAUCGCCUUCUAUAUUCCAGGAUAUGGACGACGAUAACCCAGUCGCAAGCGGUAAAAUUUCCAAAGAGACUUCAUAUGACUCCUGUUUUGGCAUGAUUAUCCUGGAAGAUUUCAACGCCCAUGUAGGCCUUUUUAACGGGAAGGCUACUAGAGAAGUUUCUCUCGAAGUAAGUGGGGGUAUGGUAAUCAUUCAUGAGGCGAAAUCAAACGAGUACGGGGGCCUUCUCAAUCGCAACGCGUCUCGUAUCGUUUCCGACUUAGUUAGGAAUUACGACGUCGAACUCUCAGCAUCCAUGAAGAGCCCGACUGAGAUCGAAGUCUUAAUAUACGGCAGAUUCGAACAAAGAGAAGCUAUUGGGGACAUGUUGCUUGAGCGGGAUUGUUUCCUCCAGCAGCCGGAAUCGUAUGAUGUCUCACGGCCGUACGAUAAUCCUCAGUGUCUCUCUAACCUAGAUGGACAAGAAUCAUUCUGGGAGAAUAACGAAUCAUCCCCAUCUCAGAGCGCGGUAUUACAUGAGAAAGAGAAGAGUAGGGUUGUCGAGCUUUUAGACUCUGCGACUGGUCCCAUAAGCUUUAGAAGAGUCCCUAUUUCCGAUAUUCUUAUCUCAAAAUUGAAAGAGCAUCAAAUCAAAGCGCUCUCCAUGAUGACAGAGAAAGAAUCAGGAAAUAUUUGCGAAGCGGAAUUCCCUUCUGUGUGGUCUAAGAGUUCCAACACAAAGUUCUCAAACAAUAGAUUCUACAAUCAUGUCACCCAGAGCUAUACCUCACGGACACCGAGUGUAUGUCUCGGCGGUCUUCUUGCAGAUGAAAUGGGUCUUGGGAAAACCUUAACGACAUUAGCACUUAUUGCGACAUCCUUGAAUGAUGACAAUUCGACCUUGAUAGUGUGUCCUAUGACGACUAUCACCUGUUGGCGAGACCAGAUUGAAAGACAUUUUAGGAAAGGAUCUCUUACUUACAAGAUUUACCAUGGAUCAACAAGGGGCUAUGAUGUCGCUACUCUAAAGAGGGUCAAUAUAGUUCUGACAACAUACGAGACCCUAAGGGCUACGUUGCCGGUGGAAGAUGGUGGAAGACGAAGAUCAAAACACUGUAGGAAGCUUGGUCUCCUGCACAGCAUCAACUGGUAUCGAAUUGUCCUAGACGAAGCUCAUAUCGUGAGAAAUCGUGCUACGAAGACGUUUCAAGCUGUGAACACGCUCAAAGCUAGGCAUCGCUGGUGUUUAACCGGUACGCCGAUCCAGAACCGCUUGGAAGACCUAGGAGCUCUUGUUGAAUUUCUAAAAGUCGAUCCGUUUGAUGACCCUAGCACCUUCAAGAACACCUUUCUAACCCCAAUCAGUCAAGGGGAACAGUCUGGAUGGGAACGACUUAGGUUGUUGGUUAGGUCCAUUGCCUUACGUAGAACCAAAAAGGCUCUUGACUCUGACCUCAACCUCCCCCUUCGAUACGAAAUUGACCAUAUGGUUGAUCUGGAUGACAAUGAGAAAGCUCUUUAUGAUCUAGUCAAAAGGAAUUUCGCCAUGGCUACCGACUCAGGAGGCCCAACCAUGAAAACAUUCCAACUUAUUCUUCGACUUCGACAGGUUUGCAACCACGGAAGCGACUUGCUUCCCCAUAGUCUACGGUCUUGGCUUCAUGAGGCUUCUGCAUUCGAUGCUGCCUUUCCUCCACUUCAGAGAUGCGAACAAUGCGACACGACCAUCGAUGAGGAAGGUGAAUUAUCAUCUUGCCUACUUUCGUGCUUCCACCAGGUUUGUCGUACCUGUCUUGCGAUUGAUGAUUCCCUCGUCAACAGCACUAGUCCCAUUUGCCCCUUAUGCGACGGCGACCCAUUCGGAGAAGGCAAGAAAGCAAACGUUGCGUGGAGGACGACACCCGAGUUUGAAUCAAACAGUUAUCGCCCUUCAUCGAAAGUUAAAGCUUUACUCCAGAAUCUGCAAAACGAUCGCCAAGCUGCAGUCGCAUCUAUCCAGCCAUCAGCGAAAAGUGUAAUAUUUUCGACGUGGACCAGCAUGUUAGAUCUCAUUGGCAAAGCAUUAUCUGCGAAUGCUUUUAAGUACCAAAGGCUCGACGGAAGCAUGAAUCUGAGACAGAGAGGUCACGCACUGGAGGACUUUCGCAUGAAUCCGAACUGCACAAUAUUGCUUGCGUCUCUCGGAAGCGCUGCAGUUGGACUUGACCUCACUAUGGCCACCCGUGUUCACUUAAUGGAGCCAGGAUGGAAUCCUUUGCUUGAGCAACAAGCCAUAGACCGCAUCCAUCGUUUAGGACAAGAUAGGGAGGUUAUCGCUACGCGUUAUAUUGUGUCGGGCUCGGAUUCAAUUGAACAGGUCAGUUCACAGUAG